AUGAAAGCUACAGCGAUUCUAUACGCUGAUAAUUCAGAAACGUCUUAUGGAAUUUUGACAUUCAAACAAGAGAAUGCUACUACAUCUGUUCGUAUAACUGGUGAACUUUCAGGACUCAAUGCUAGUAGUGCACAUGGUUUUCAUGUUCAUGUAUAUCCAGUCUCAAAAAGUAUGCCCAACUGUACAGCAGCUGGUGGUCAUUUUAAUCCUUAUAAUACUACUCAUGGUCCUCGUACGGCUGACAUACGAAAUCGACAUGUUGGAGAUCUUGGAAAUUUAACAACUAAUGAGAAUGGUACUGUUGAUAUUGAUAUGGAAGACUGGAUAAUUCAAUUAUAUAAUGAAACGCAAUCCAUUGUAAAUCGAACUAUUAUUGUACAUCGUUUGCGUGAUGAUGGUGGUCAAGGAGGAUUUUCAGAUAGUAAUACAACCGGAAAUGCUGGUGCGCGAGUUCUUUGCGGUCUUAUUCAAUCAUCAAAUGGAUUAAUUAUCAAACCAAUUUUGUUCGGUUUUCAUGUUCAUGUAUAUCCAGUCUCAAAAAGUAUGCUCAACUGUACAGCAGCUGGUGGUCAUUUUAAUCCUUAUAAUGGACAGAGUGCCAUGAUAGCAACAGCGAAUCUUCAUGUAGAUUCUACUACAAUUGCAGUUGGUACUAUAUUAUUCCAUCAACGUGACGUUAAUUCUCCCGUUCGCGUUGUUGGUAUACUGGAUGGCCUUAAGAAUAAUACUGUUCAUGGCUUUCAUGUACAUAGAGAUCCGUUAAUGAAUGGUGAACUUAAUUGCACGGCUGCUGGUCCUCAUUUUAAUCCUUACGGCACAUUACAUGGUCCACGUGAAGCUGAUUUACAACAACGACAUGUUGGUGAUCUUGGCAAUUUAACUGCAAAUGAUCAAGGCAUAAUUAUUGUUGAAUUGAGUGAUUCAAUUAUUGAUUUAUACAAUGCUACACGAUCAAUUGCUAAUCGAACAAUUGUUUUACACGCCAUGAGAGACGAUGGUGGAAAAGGUGGUUUUCCAGAUAGUAAUACAACUGGAAAUGCUGGUGCACGUAUAGCUUGUGGUGUUAUCAGUUUAGCAAUGGAAGAGUCAGAUACAAAGUUACGCCCGUCAAAAAUUUCUACAACGGUCACUGAAUUUAUUCGCAAAUUAUUUACUUAA